UUCCCACGUGCUUUUUACGAGCUUCUCGACUGACACAAAACGUAUUUCGACCUCAACGCGCGCCGCAGCCUUUAUUUUACACUUACCACAUGCUUCUAUUAACUGGAACCAUUUUCUUCAACAAGGUCACCCCGAGAUGAUCCAUUUUUAGUUGCACUCGUUCCACAAAAAGUUUGUUAAAGCAUUUUUUAUGAAAUUAUUGUUAGAAGAGUUUCAACGUUUUUUUAGCCCGUCGAUUUUCGUCAGUGCGAGUGUAAACUUCAUUCGAAAUGAUUGAUUUCACCAAAAAUUUCCAAUUUAUCAUCACACCCACAUAUAAACCGUUUGAAAAAAGGCCUGGAACCGUUUAUUAUUCCAGAGCACAGAGGCGCGCUCGUGCGAUUUGCGGAUCGUCGGAUCCGCAAACGUGUACCUGCAUCCGAAGUUUAUAUCGAGCAUAAAAUUAACGAGGCUGAAAUUUGCGGAUGUUGCUACGCGUCUCUGACGUGUUUAUCCUAAAAAACCUCGACUUAACCAUUAUUCUACAUUCUCGAGUUUUUCUACGUUACGGGAGAGCAGUCUGCACGAUCGCGUUCAUCGAUACGGUUCGAAAUGUACGUUGGGAAAUGAAUUUUUUCAUUCGAGAAUCAGAGUCUCUUGAGGAUUCAGUGAAUUUUCGGAUUUUGUGCGGUACUUUUGCUGAUUUUGUUGUGAACGUUUCAUUUAUUGCUGAAUCGAAAUAAAAAUAAAAGAAAAAAAAUCGAGAAGUGGGUGAAAAUGACUGACGAGGAGUGAAAAAAGCAGGAAAAUGUCACUCGAUAAAUUGGGACGUGGAAAUCGUUCUGAGCAGGUCACCUCUGAAUAGAAUUUAAUUCUCUUUCCCUUUUUUUCAUCGCGGAGCUUCUUUGAACACUUGAAACUCCACUCCUACGAGCUUGAUUUCGCAUUUGUGGCUUUAAUGACUGUAUCACGGAGCAUUGAAAAUCCACUCGAAGCGACCCCGACGAAAGAGAUCGUCAACGGUCGCGAUAAACUCGUCGUUAUGUCAUUAUUGUCCGAAAUCUCUUCGAGGGACACUCUGCGUCCACUCACAGCUACGGAAGAUCGUCGCAGAACUGGCCGUUACGUCGCCGGUGGCACUGCUCUCGCGGUCAUUCUGCUUGCUUUGCAUCAUAUUUUACUUCGCGGGGCACCAACGGUCGCCGGGAUUUGCAUACCUACAAUAAUAAUGGCUUCGUAUGUCCUUUGGGUACUUUAUUCAGCACGGAGAGACCGACGAAAGGCACGCUUGCUCGCAUCGGCAAUGCAAUUGACGGAAGUCAUUACUGCACCUCGUGCCAGUAGCAUCGCCGAUGAGACUGAUGCGACGAGAACAAGGGACGACGCCAUUGUCACCAGGGAUCCCGGCAAACAUAUUACGUAAUUGCUCGAUUGUGUCCUUCGAAAUACGAUCGGCGGGAGAGAACAUUCGUUGGAAAAAAAAGUUUUCAGAUCAAGUGAUGCAAUUAAGGAUCGAAAAUUGUUGAAAAAAGAGUUUGAAACUUCAUUACUUUUCGAUCCCGAUCGAUAAAGCGAAUUGGAUGAUCCAACGAGGAGUCGAGAAUUAAGGGGAUUAAGACAUUCCGAGAUGAAGGAAAUAAAAAUUGGAGGAGCUCGGAGUGAAACUCGAGGAGAGAAGCGCAUUAGAAGAGUUCGAGAAGUUUUAACUGGCGGAAAAUUAUUUAUAGGCAACGCGAUAGAAGCAAUCGAAAUUAGUGUCUCGAGAAGUCAGCCUUUUCUCGAAGAUCAUCCUGGAGAAAUUUGAGACGAAAAGAAUCUUUUUAAAGUAAGAAAUAUCGUUGUUGAUAACUCGUAUUGAUGUCGGAAUAAAAGUCUGAAAAAAUAGGAA